CCUGCAUCAACUAUGCGUGAUGAACCAGCCAUUCCUUGGGCAUACACAUUAAUCAGGCUCCUUUUCCGAUUCGUACUAAAAAUAUUUUACGGGACCAUCGUCAUUGAAAAUACGAACUACAUUCCUAGAACUGGAAAGCCAUGCAUUGUUUGCGCUAAUCACAGCAACUCACUCACCGAUGCAUUGCUACUAGUGACAUCGAUCCAUCCAAGCGUACGCAAUAUGCUGCGGCUCACGGCCAAGUCUACUCAAUUUGGCCGCCGCACCUUCACCAGCUGGCUCAUUGAAGCAGCCGGUACGGUCCCCAUAAAAAGGCGAAAGGACUUUCCGGAUGGUGACACGGACAAUAGUCAAGCCAUGAUGAAAUUAGUGGAGGCCUUAGAAGCUGGCGAUGCAGUUUGCUUGUUUCCUGAGGGUAUGAGUAGAUAUCACCCUAGCAUUGCCCCACUCAAGACUGGAGUUGCGCGCUUAGUAUCAACUGUGCUCACCAAACAUCGUGACCAACUUAAUUUUGAGGUCUACGUGCUGAACUGCUCUAUCACAUACAUGCACCGCCAACAUUUCCGUUCUGAUGUUCUGGUAACAUUCCAUCCCCCAAUGAAGUUCAGUCUUAAGGACAAUCCAGAACUUGUGGAACCCACUGACUACGCCCAUAUUCGUUCUGUGACCUCCGAUAUACACCGCCAAAUUAGCUCUGGAACUUUUGACUCUCCAUCUUGGAACCUUAUCAGGACGAGUAAACUUGCUGCGCGCAUUUACGCACCCCUUGGUACUCACAUGAGCCUCGGUGAUCAUGUCCGCGUAGCGAGGACUUAUCUGGAAGCGUUUAAGUCUGCAGAUAUCGGUGCGACCGAGGGCAUUUCAGAUCAGGAACAAGACAAUGAAGAGCUUUUGCAGCUUCUCAAUGACUUGAAGUCAUAUCAGGACAGAUUAUCCCACUGGGGCAUCAAGGAUGAUCGUAUUAAACGACCACUUCCUCGAUAUACCAUCGUGUAUCGUAUGGUAAUACGAUUUUCCUGGGCCGUGUCACUUCUUUCAUUGUCAUUUCCUGGCUUGCUCCUGUGGACUCCAAUCUUCUUAACAACAUUUUACGCCGUCCACGAGUUCAAAAAAACAGGACCUAUCUUCGAUACUUGGGAUGAGAUUGCGCAGUAUAAGCUGGUAUAUGGAUUGAUAUCUGGGCUUGCUGUUUGGUUGUCCGUCGUCUUGAUGACGCUUCCUAUAGCGUUUUUCACAUUCUUCGCGGUUCCGGGCUUGAUGUGGAUGUCGUUGCGAUGGCUGGAAGAUUCCAUAUCAUCAUUUCGCGCUUUCGCUGCUCUGUUUCGUUUGCUUUGGGUGGGAAAACCCACCUUGUUGGCGAUGAAGGAGAUCAGGACGCAAUUGCACGGAAGGGUCACGGCGCUAGCAAUUUCUCUCGAAUUACCGCCAGACCCCGAAGCUUAUUUUUCAAGAGCAGGUGGGAGGGAAAAAGGGCGCGUUGGUAGCUCUUGGGAUAGUGGGAGGCGAUAUUUUUCUAUCAGGAGAAGAAGAAAGAGGGACUGGAAUGAAACGUUACGACUUUACGAUAAGGUGGAUUAUCCGGAUGAAGGAAUGUAAGCCAUUCCGUAGAACCUGGCUGAGUUAGCUUAGGUGUGCUGCUUUCCUUAGUGACGACGACUUGUAUUUAACAUGAUGGGCUAUAUGCCGCCAACUUGAUUUCCACCGGCGCA